AUGCCUCAGGUGAACUCCAGGCCUCAGCUAAACAUCAGGCCCCAGGUGGAUGCCCAGGUUCCGGGUGCACAUCUGGCCACAGUUGGACAUUCAACCCUAGGUGACCAUCAGGCCACGGGUGAAUACACGGUGGAUAUCAGGCCUCAAGAGGAUAGCAGUCACCAGGUAGCCAUCAGGCCUCAGAUAGACACCAAGGUCCCAGAUGUACAGCAGGCCCCAACUGAACCCCAGACUCAUGUGGACAUCAGGCCACAGGUACCACAGGACAGGAGUCACCAGGUAGACAUCAGGCCCCAGAUGGAGCUAGCAGGCCAGGCCUCACCAGUGAUCCCACCAGGGCCACAUCUGCACAUUGUCCUUUUCCAGCUGGAGCCUCUGGAGCUCAUUGAGACACAGGCACUUGGUUGUUUUCAUGUUGGGAAAUUCCAGUGGAAAGUGAGUGGUAUUGGUGAGCUCUCUCCUUUUUCAGCUCCUGCUUCAGGUGCAGAAAUACAGCUAUUUCCAGUGCCAGCUGUUGAGCCAGUGCCAGCACCAGGGGCAGAUUCCCCUCCAGGGACAGCGCUGGAGCUAGAGGAAGCUCCAGAGCCCUCCUGCCGCUGCCCUGGGACUGCCCAGGACCAGCCCAGUGAGGAGCUGCCUGACUUCAUGGCACCUCCUGUAGAGCCACCGGCCUCAGCCCUGGAGCUGAAAGUGUGGCUGGAGCUAGAGGUGGCAGAGAGGGGUGACCAGCACAGCUCCAGCCAGCAGCUCCCGCACUGCUCCCAGUCCUGGGCACAGUGGAAGCUAUGGAGGCAGAGACCAGGGUGUACAACCUGGGCUCCUCUGCCUCACUGGAGAGGGACUCCUCUCAUUCAGCAGAGCAGCAGCCCUGCUGCUGAAGGGCCUGCUGCUACUGCUGCUGGGGGUAUUUGCAUGCCUGCAGGAGGUGCUGGAGAGCAAGAAAAGGAGCCUGUGAGCAGGGGUUCCAGCAGGUCCUCCUGCUCCCAGAGGCGACCUCCUCCUCCAGGCAUGGAGGUUUGCCCUCAGCUGGCCAUCUGGGCCAUUUGCCUCUACUGUGCUGCCCAGGAUGGCCUCUUCUUGACAGGCAGAUAGGAUGGCCUCUUCUUGACAGGUGGAGGGGGCCAGGGGCAUCUCCAAAGGAAGCUUUUAAACUCAGCAGCUGCACCCCAGAAUCUCCAUGCCUGCACUUG